GAGAAGGUCCCUUCAGGGUUUCCAGCCUGGAAGCUGCAAGCCCCAGGUCCCCACACACUGCCCCACUGUGCACCUGCCACCAGGGAAACACAGCCAAAGGUGAGGCAGAUGUUGCAUCAGAGUGUUAAGCCCUGGGAUCAAAUAUUAGCGGGGGCACUGGAGGUCUGAUCCCUCCUCCUGAGCAGCUGCUAAUAUCAUUGGCCUUUCCAGCCAGGGAGGGAGGGGAGUCACAGAAACCUGCCUGGGGAUCAGUUAAAGCUGAAGGAAGGAAGCAGGAAUAGGACCUGAAAACAGGGUGCGUUUCCCCUACCUAGACUCAAGGAGCCAAAGAACGGACCAAAGCCUGCAGGAAGCAGGCGUCUUCAGGCUGAGAGGGGCUCCCAGAGGGUUCCGGGGCAGAGCAGGCUCACCAUGCUGCCUUGCCUAGCCCUGCUUCUCCUGAUGGAGCUGUUCGUGUGCACUGUGGCAGGUGAUGGUGGAGAGGAACAGGCACUCAGCACUGAAGCAGAGACCUGGAUAACUGUGGCCUUAGAGGAAGGCACUGUCCCCAGCAUUCAGCUCCAGCUGCGGAAGGUGAAGAGGGGCAAGGCAAGCCAGUUCUUUGGGCUGAUGGGGAAGCGAGUGGGAGGAAGACCUCUGAUCCGGCCAGGGAGAAAAAAAGCAUCCUCUGAAGCCCCAGCCGGAAAGCAGACGCCCUCCUCCUACUCACAGAUAUGAUCUCAAAGGGCUGAAAUCCAGGCAUCUCCUGACUCAGAGAACUGGGUUCAUCAGUUGUCUUGUAUAAGGUGACCCUUCAUUUAGCUGCCUUGUGGUUAAGACACAGCCCCAUUCUUGAGCACCUUAGAAGACGGAAACAGCUCGAAGCCUCAGGGAGCCCCACACUGAUAGGGAGGCAACUGUCCCUGCACUAGUAGUUUAUAGGCAGAUGAGACACAGAGGACCCCUUAGAAAGCAGCACAUGCGCUAUCAUGAAAUCCUGGAGGCAAUCCUAGGUCCUAAGUGUGGAGGUGUAAGGAAUGCGCUGGGAAUUGUGUGUGGGUCCAGCAGUAAAGGAGGUGCCUUAAUCCACUAGGCUACAAAGCAUUUAGCUUCUGUGUGCCUCUCUCCAAAAAAAAAAAAAAACAGGUGAGGAGUUUU